AUGGAAAUGGGAAGUUUGGCUGGUCAUAACAGCAAUGAUCCUGAGGGACCACCAAAAGGAAGAAGAUGGUAUCCGACAACAUGGAAAGCUAUAUUAGCUAUAUUUCUCAUCGCGUGUUGCUUAUUGAUAAUCGGCGGAGUCAUCGUUCUAUCGAUAAUUCCUUUGUAUCUUUCUCAGAAGGGUACUGAUCAGUCAACUACUACUACUAAUCUUGAAAGAACGAUUAAAAUGGCAUUCGCAACUAACUACGCUAGUAGUGCAACUUUGCCAAUAACAAAUCUCCACUCACUGUCUCAGCAGAUCAAUGAACGCAUGGGAUACCAAUCUAAUAUUAUUGCUGUUCAAUCAGCCGCUUUAAAUGCUGCUGGGAAAAGGAGGAAACGAGAUACAAGUUCUGGCAUAUCUUGCAAUAUGACUAAUAAUGGAUCGAUUACCGGCACAUCGGAUAGUAGUGCUAUGUCGAUAUUAAUUAUCGUCAAUAGAUGUCCCAAAGGACAAUGUGGAACUGAUCACUGUAUUACGAAUUGUUUGAAUCAAAUCAAAUCAAAAUUUACAUCAGUAUUUGGUUCAAACACCGUUCUUCUUACUAUCCAAACUGCUGAUGGACAAGUCUUAUCGAUUUCAUGCACACUAUGCUUAUUCGAUGACGUUAUCGCACCUACUUGCACUGAUGGAAUCAAAAACGGCAAAGAAACAGACCAAGACUGCGGUGGUAAAACAUGUAUAUUGCAGGGCAAGAUUUGUGGUUCAGGACAGAACUGUAUUAAUGGAACAGACUGUACAAGUGGUGUUUGCACUCGUGGUGUAUGUCAAGCACCCAAAUGCAAUGAUGGAGUGCAAAAUGGUGGUGAGACGGGUAGAGAUUGUGGUGGACCAUGUGCACCGACAAAAGCUUGUGAUGAUGGAUCGGCAUGUGUUGCAGCAACAGAUUGCAAGACUGGUUGGUGUAAUAAAAACAAAAUAUGCAAAGCACCCACUUGUGUUGAUGGUGAACAGAAUCAAGGAGAGACGGGUGUUGAUUGCGGCGGAUCAUGUGCACCGACAAAAGCUUGUGAUGAUGGAUCGGCAUGUGUUGCAGCAACGGAUUGCAAGACUGGUUGGUGUAAUAAAAACAAAAUAUGCAAAGCACCCACCUGUUCUGAUAGUGAGCAGAAUCAAGGAGAGACGGGUGUUGAUUGCGGCGGAUCAUGUGCACCGUCAAAAGCUUGUGAUGAUGGAUCGGCAUGUGUUGCAGCAACGGAUUGCAAGACUGGCUGGUGUAAUAAAAAUCAAAUAUGCAAAGCACCCACUUGUGUUGAUGGUGAGCAGAAUCAAGGAGAGACGGGUGUUGAUUGCGGUGGACCAUGUGUAAAUAAACAAACAUGUGUCAAUGGAUUAACAUGCGCCAAAGGAUUGGAUUGUGUCAGCCGUUUUUGUGUCAAAAAUAUCUGUCAGGUGUGCACUUUAUCAUUUGAAAUGAGUAAUCCAAUCACAGUUGAUACUGACCCUAGAUCACUGGCUGUUGGAGAUUUGAAUAAUGAUCAGCAUCUGGAUAUCGCUGUAGGCCAUAAGGGAAGUCUUACAGUAAAGAUUUUUCUUGGAAAUGGUGCUGGAAGCUUCACAUUGAAAUCAACAAUUUCAUUUUCUAGUAAUGUAUUCUCAAUCGCUGCUGGACAAUUAAAUCAAGACAACAAUAUGGAUAUCGUAGUCGCCACAGGUUUCAGCCCUAAAAAAGUGUAUAUUUGUCAUGGAAAUGGAGAUGGAACUUUUGUGAUAGACCCAACGAAUUUCACACCAUCUUCUGUGGUCUAUUAUAUCAAAAUUGUUGACAUUAACAAUGAUCAACGACAGGAUAUCGUUUAUGGUUCCAUCUUUGAUAGCAACAUGUACGUACUUUUUGGUCAGAGCGGUGGAAGUCUUCAGAUGCAACCAACCAUCUCACUGAGCUCUUCCAUCAGAAUCACUGUGAUUACUGUCGAUUUCGAUGGAGACGGUAAUAUAGAUAUUGUUGCACUUGCAAACGGCCUAAAUCAACUGCUGUUACUUCGAGGAAAUGGUGCCGGAACAUUUUCACAAUCAGUUCUUGCGUCAUAUAGUGACAUUCCUGUAACAUUUGCCGUCGGGCAUUUCAAUGAUGAUAAUUUGCUGGAUAUUGUUGUCGAAGGACAACAACAAAAUUUUACAGAUAUACUUCUACAAAAUACUAACGGAAAUUUUACAUCAACAAUCAAUCGAGCUGUAGGAAGAGGGCAAUUAUACGUACUUGGUGAUUUCAAUAACGAUAAACAAGAUGAUAUUGCUGUAUUAUAUUAUGACGGCGGUCGAAGAAUAACUGUUAGACUUGGAUAUGGUGAUGGAACUUUGGCACCGGAUGUAGACACGAUGGCUCCUCUAAGCACUUAUUAUAGUGGAAUGACUACCGGCGAUUUUAACGAGGAUUCUCUACUUGACAUUGUUGUUACUAAUCCAGAGCAUAGCAGCAUCAGUAUUCUUAUAAACAAACUUUCAUGUCUCAAAUAA